AUGGCUACCCAUCACGCAUUCGAGAGUAUUUCGUGCAGUCGCUGCCAAUUGAAAAAGAUCCGAUGCAAUCGCGUCAGUCCCCAAUGUGACAAAUGCGAGUCUAUUGGGGCUCAGUGUCAAUACCGGCCUCGAAAGCCACGAAGCAAGAAACAAGGCAACGACAACAGCGACUACUCUAUUCUCACGGACGUUCUCAGCCGCCUCCAACGCCUAGAAGAACAUUGUGGCCUGGAGAAAGCGCCAGAAACCGACGAACAUGCCGAUCGCUCGAUGUCACGUUCAUUCGUCGACUCGGACAUCGCUGGAGCUGUGCUCUCGGAUCACGCCCAGGCUCCAGCCACGCCUGGUGUGAUCGGCGGUAUCUUGAGUCGCAUCAAAAAUCCCCAAACCCGGGCUUUACUUCUUUCGAAUGUAUUCAGCCAUCUGCGUGCGGUUGAGUCAUGUUUCUUUGAAAACGAAAACUGUAUGGGAGCUAUUGCGGCUGCGAUGAUGGAAAUCGAAUACCUGCAGGAGACACCAGCCAAAGAGGCACUAGAGAACCCCGAAAUUCCAAACGAACUGACCAAGAAAUUUAUUCAAAGCAAGUUUGCCGCCCAAUAA